AGUGGAGGGAGGCGCCGUCGGAGGGAGAGCAGACGUCAGGAAGAGAGGGAGGGAGCCGGAGAGGGAAGAGAGGGAGAGAGGGAGAGAGAGAGAGAGAGCGGCGGGGAGGUUGAGAGAGGCCCCGAGAGAUAAAGCCGGAGGGCAGAAAUUAUUAGGGGGCGCGGGACGAGAGGAGGGGCCAGGGGAGCGGGCCGGCGGCUAGAGAGGCAAGCGAGUGUGCGCCUUGUGUGCAAGGGCGGGAGGGAGGAGAGAGAGCCAGCGGCGGCCGGGAUCGCGCCGACUCGGGCCCAGCGGCGGGCAGACAGCAUGCUGAGCCUCCUCAUCUGGAUCCUCACUCUCUUCAACACUUUCUCACAAGCAGGGCUUUAGGAAUGACUCUGGAGAGCCAUAGCACAUGUCUAAUGACCUGCCAAUCAAGCCUGCUCCCCGAGAAGCCCAGGUUUCUGAGUCAGAAGAUGUGGGCUCCACACUUAGUCGUCGCUUAUCUUAUCUUUGUGACUUUGGCUCUGGCUUUGCCUGGGACCCAGACUCGCUUCAGCCAGGAGCCAGCCGAUCAGACCGUGGUGGCCGGACAGCGGGCAGUGCUCCCAUGUGUGCUCCUUAACUACUCUGGAAUUGUACAAUGGACCAAGGACGGGCUGGCUCUGGGUAUGGGCCAGGGCCUCAAAGCCUGGCCACGGUACCGGGUCGUGGGCUCUGCGGAUGCUGGGCAAUACAACUUGGAGAUCACAGGUGCCGAGCUCUCUGAUGACGCUUCCUAUGAGUGCCAGGCCACGGAGGCUGCUCUGCGCUCUCGGAGGGCCAAACUCACCGUGCUCAUUCCUCCAGAGGACACAAGGAUUGAUGGGGGCCCUGUGAUUCUGCUGCAAGCAGGCACCCCCUACAACCUCACAUGCCGAGCAUUUAAUGCCAAGCCUGCUGCAAGCAUCAUUUGGUUCCGGGAUGGGACGCAGCAGGAAGGGGCUGUGACGAGCACGGAGCUGCUGAAGGACGGGAAAAGGGAGACCACAGUCAGCCAACUGCUCAUUCAGCCCACAGACCUAGACAUCGGCCGUGUGUUCACCUGUCGCAGCGUGAAUGAGGCCAUCCCCAAUGGCAAGGAGACGUCCAUUGAACUGGAUGUGCACCACCCUCCUACAGUGACUCUGUCUAUUGAGCCCCAGACAGUGCUGGAGGGCGAGCGUGUCAUCUUUACAUGCCAGGCCACAGCCAACCCAGAGAUCUUGGGCUACAGGUGGGCCAAAGGGGGGUUCUUGAUUGAAGACGCCCAUGAAAGUCGCUAUGAGACAAACGUUGAUUAUUCCUUCUUCACGGAGCCUGUGUCUUGUGAGGUUUAUAACAAAGUCGGGAGCACCAAUGUCAGCACUUUAGUGAAUGUUCACUUUGCCCCCCGGAUUGUAGUUUACCCAAAGCCCACCACCACAGACAUUGGAUCUGAUGUGACCCUCACCUGUGUCUGGGUUGGGAAUCCCCCCCUCACCCUCACCUGGACCAAGAAGGACUCAAACAUGGUCCUGAGUAACAGCCAUCAACUGUUGCUGAAGUCAGUGACCCAGGCAGAUGCUGGCAUCUAUACCUGCCGGGCCAUCGUGCCUCGAAUUGGAGUGGCUGAGCGGGAGGUACCACUUUAUGUGAACGGACCUCCUAUCAUCUCCAGCGAGGCGGUGCAGUUUGCCGUGAGAGGUGAUGGCGGUAAGGUGGAGUGCUUUAUCGGGAGUACCCCACCUCCGGAUCGAAUCGCAUGGGCAUGGAAGGAGAACUUCCUAGAGGUGGGGACCCUGGAGCGAUACACUGUGGAGAGGACGAACUCAGGCAACGGUGUGCUGUCCACUCUCACCAUCAAUAAUGUCAUGGAGGCCGACUUCCAGACCCACUACAACUGCACUGCCUGGAACAGCUUUGGACCAGGCACAGCCAUCAUCCAGCUGGAAGAGCGAGAGGUGUUACCUGUGGGCAUCAUUGCUGGGGCCACCAUCGGUGCCGGCAUCCUGGUCGUCUUCUUUUUUGCUGCCUUAGUGUUCUUCCUCUACCGACGUCGCAAAGGCAGUCGAAAGGAUGUGACGUUGAGGAAGCUGGACAUCAAGGUAGAGACGGUAAAUCGGGAGCCACUUACAAUGCACUCUGACCGGGAGGAUGAUACCGCCAGCAUUUCCACAGCUACUCGGGUCAUGAAGGCCAUCUACUCGUCCUUUAAGGAUGAUGUGGAUCUGAAGCAGGACCUGCGCUGUGACACCAUUGACACCCGGGAAGAGUAUGAGAUGAAGGAUCCCACCAAUGGUUAUUACAAUGUGCGCGCCCACGAAGAUCGCCCAUCCUCCAGGGCGGUGCUAUAUGCUGACUAUCGAGCCCCUGGCCCUACUCGUUUUGAUGGGCGUCCAUCAUCCCGCCUCUCCCACUCCAGUGGUUAUGCCCAGCUCAAUACGUACAGCCGGGCCCCUGCCUCUGACUAUGGCACAGAGCCUACACCCUCUGGCCCUUCUGCUCCAGGUGGCACCGAUACAACCAGCCAGCUGUCGUACGAGAACUAUGAGAAGUUCAACUCUCACCCCUUUCCUGGGGCAGCUGGGUAUCCUACCUACCGUCUAGGCUAUCCCCAGGCCCCACCCUCUGGCCUUGAGAGGACCCCCUAUGAAGCAUAUGACCCUAUUGGCAAGUAUGCCACCGCCACUCGAUUCUCCUACACCUCUCAACACUCAGACUACGGCCAGCGAUUCCAGCAGCGCAUGCAGACUCACGUGUAGAGGCUGGAUAUGGCUGGGGUAUCUCUGCGGGGCAGAGGAGAUGGCUUCCCAGCUGUUCCCUGACAUUCAGGGACAUUGCUCAUUGCUCCUUUCGUGGACUCAGCCUUUCUCCUCCUGGCCGUCACAGAUAAGGAGCAGGUCUCCCAGUAACACCCCAUCCCAAGGAUGGUGCUCUGUGCAUGCCCCAGUCUCCCGGGCCUGCCCUUUCCUCUUCUUCAGGAGGAUAUCUCUUCUGACCUUUGUUCUUCCUGACCCAAGCAUGGGGAUAGGAGAGGGGAGGUUGGGGGAGGGGAGAGAAGAAGGGAGAGGAGAAGAGCACAUUUUAUCAUUUCCUUUCUGUCCUGCUCCUCUGGUUUCCCGUAAGUGGGCAUGGAGAUAUGCUGAGGUGGGCUGAGGUGGGCAGGCAGCUGGCACGUGGGACAGCCCACCAGUCCUGGUCUUGGUUUCUUUAUACCUUGUGUACAUUUUUCCCAUCUCAGGGGAUUACAGAUGGAACCAUGAGUUCAAAUCUAGCCCUUGGUCAGUUGGGGUCAAAAUGCCAGUCACCCUGGCCUCUAUGGUGUCUGUCUGUCUGAGUGAAGAGGGCUUCAGAAAUCCCCAGGGGCACUGCUUCCUUUCUUCUUGGCUUUGUGCUGGACCAGCCAGAUGUGUCCUGGAUGCGAGCAAGAAGUGGUCAGGACCAUGUCCUAGUUGACAGGCAAGGGGCCACCGUGUAGUGCAUGGCAGUUUCCAGAUCCAACACUAGUGGGAGCCACACAAGCUUCCUUCUUUCACAGUAUCCAUCCCACUUCUCGGUGUUAACUCUUGAGCCU